CACAUCCAUACCGUUCUUCUACCGUGAUAUAAAGAUUACAUCUGGGAGGGAACUGCUGAUCCGUGCCCCUAAAACAAUAAGGAGGGAGAAAAAUCCAGAGAAACCGGAGUCCUAUCGAUUACAAACGUUCUCCAAAAUUGGAAGUGCCCCAGGAAAUGACCAACUAUACCCAGGGUGAUUGCUGAUCAGUGAAAAUAUAUAAAGCAGGGGAUCCGUGAUAUAGGUUUCUUAUUAGGAUUUUCUGAUUUUCAUUAAGAACACAACCACAACUAGUUGUUAGCAUGGAAAAGAAGAAGGAUCUGCAGGAUUUCAAGAUCAUUCCAGGCAAGGAGGCUGUUUAUAUGAUAAUUAGGUUCCGAGAUGAAAUGGAGAUGAGGAUCAGAAAUGCCCUGGCUAUCUCUAAACGAGCGGUAGAAAACUACCACGGCAAAAUCAUCGGAAUUUCAGGAGAAUGUAACGUAUAUGAAGAAGACCUUACAAAAUGGCCGUCCAAUCGCCGUAUCCUGGUUAUUUACUUCUCAGAUCAAGCCAACGCCAUCAGGUGGAUCAACAGUGACAAAUAUUUCAAGAAUGACGACUUUCCCCAACCCAGCGACACUCUGCAGAUUUUCCUUAUCCCUGUCCACUACACUGCCGACAGAGAAAACUACACAUUUCACCUACAAGAGUUUGGAAACUGUAAGAAUUGGGAUAAACUAAACGACGGCUAUAUAAAGCAUGCAGCCAAAGUGAUGGAUACCUUCAAGGUUCAGCAUGGCGCAGCCUACACGACAGAUGCCGAGGGUCUCCGAUGUUCCUUCGUCAGGAAGGGGAACUUCGUGGUGCUACACAGGUUCCAGUCGGUAGAUCAUUUUGAAAAUUUCUACUAUUCAAAGGCCUAUGAUACAUUGAAACAGUUUAGAAGAACUCUGUGUGACUGUAAUUCUACUGUUUUCACCAUAAACCCAGACAUAAGAAACCCUUAAAUUCUGGGAUAGCAAUGACGUCAUAGCAAUACAAUUAUAACUCCCAGCAUCCCAUUGCAAACUUUCUCCGUCCUCAUUUUUCAAAUACUGUAGAAGUAGCGCGGAUAUUAAUACUGGGUAUUUUAUAACCACAUUGAUUUGGAUGAUUAACUGAAGACUGUCACCUCACUCUUAAACUACUGACUGUGAUAAACUCUGGUUUAUAUGUCGAAUGAGCCGUCCAUUUAUCUCUCCGUUUUUGGAGAUUGUUGGUAGUCAUUUUUUUAUCAUUGUUUUGUAUAAUUUGUUUUUUAAAUAGCCUCAGCAAUUUAUAAUAUGAUUUGCAUUUGAAGUAACGUUUUUAGUUGUUGCUUAUCUUCUGUGAUAGUUCAUUAUCUAAUCAAAUAAAUGAUAUACUCUUAUGUCAUUCAAUCAUUUAUGUUGAU